ACAUGUCUCAGGUGCGGCGGGCAGUGGGUGAGGCCUUUUGGGCAAUGUGUGCGGCAGACUCCGCCUCCAUGCCAGUCCACUGGUACUAUGACGUUGGUGACAUCCGGAGGGACUUUGGCGGCUGGAUCUCAGGAUUCUCGUCACCCAGAGAGCGACACCCAUCCAGCAUCAUGAGUCUGUCCAACACUGCCGGCAGCGGUCGGACCGCCUGGUCGUCUGAGGUGAAGCAGCCUGACGUGGUCGGCAACGUCAUUCUCCACGAUAAACGAAACCUGUGGAAAUCAUCCAGAGGCUCCGUCCACUAUCACAGAGGUCUUCAGGCGGGUGAUAACACACUGAACGCCCUCUGUUCCCUCCGAGUGGCUCGGUCGCUCGUUGGUGGUGGUUUCACCGACGCUUCUCACCCGGACGCUCGAGCAGCCGUGCUCUCAGACUAUGUUCAGUUCCUGACGACGCCCGGCAGCCACAACGACACCUACGCCGAGUCCUUCCACCGCUCGUUCUUCGCCGACUGGCAGGAGAGCAGACCGACUUCACCCCAUCAGGUUCUCACAUUUGCAGAAAAACGCUCCAUGUUUAAGUUGAACUCCGCAUUCCCUGACAGCCAGCUGGACGCCAUCGGCUGCUUUCCCAUGAGCCUCCCCUUCAUCCUGCUGUCGGCCUCGGCCAGUGAGGAGAAGGCUGUUUCCGCAGCCGUCGAGUUUGUGAAGCUCACCCACCCCCACCCCAAAGUGUCCGAGUAUGUGUCCAUCUACAGCCGGGCGCUGCACGCGGUGCUAGGGGGCGCCAGCGUGCGACAGCAGGCCGAACACGCUCUGAGGAGAUUGAACGUCUGGGACACCUGCCAGAGAUACAGCCACAAGGCCGCCAGGUUUAUUGAGUCGUCUGAGGAACGACUGAAGGUGCAUCAGAGCGCCGUCAACGACCUCGGCCUUGCUUGCUACACCAAAGGUGCUCUGUCCAGCAUGUUCUACUUGGCUCACGAGUUUCACAACGACCUCAGAGGAGGAAUCCUGACCAACACCAACUGUGGAGGUGAGAACUGUAACCGCGGUGCAGCUCUGGGCGCCCUGCUUGGGGCAGGGGGGUCGUACCUCGGAGCUGGCGUCCCUCAGGAGUGGAAGGAUGGACUGAGAGACGCCCAGGACUUCAUCCCUGACAUCCUGAAGAUGCAGUGAGAGCAGGCGCUGCCCCUGGAGGAUAGGAGGAGAACCGCAGCAUUGCAUCUGUUCGUCUUCCUGUUUACACUUUUUUAUUUUAGUUAAUGAUCCAAACUGUAAAAUGUAUUUAUAGUUUUCACUUUGAACAAAAUAACUGGUUUGUUUUGAUUCUUGUUGUAAAAUAAAACCUGUUUGAGAAUCGAAA